UUAAGAUUCAAUAUUCAGAUACCAGAAGACUGGUUACGUGAACAACAUAAUGAGAACUUUCAACAGUUUUACACUAUCAUUUGGAAUUAUUUCACUUGUAAUAGUGAAUUGGGGUGGAGGAUGCCAGGCUACAGAAACUUGCUAUACUUGCAAUAAUGUGACGGACUACUCGGGGUGUUCCACGAUCAAAACAACCUGUAGACAGAAUGAGAUAUGUUACACCUCGGAUAGUGUUGACGGAAAUGGAAUUACACGACACACGUCAGGGUGUAUUUCAAAGCAGGUUUGUACAUUCCUGUCCUCCGAAUUUGGUUCAAGUACAUCGACUUCGUCCCCACUGACCGGAAAUCUAAUAGGUCGACGAGAUGUCGUCUCCUACUCCUGCAUCAAGUGUUGCUCAAACGUGGGGGGAAACCAUCCAUGCAAUUCGCUUCCCUGCAAAUCAGGUGCGUCAUCACAUGGGCCAACAACCCCAGCUUCUAUAUCUCAUACCACAAGCAAGUCCGCUUUGUCAACAACCACAGCCUCUACAUCUCAUAUUGCAGGUCAUACGUUUCACGGUCCUCUGUGCAUGAGUUGUAAAGAUGUGAUUAGUCCGCAUGACUGUGGAUUUGUUACGCGAUGUGGACCGCAUGAACAAUGCUACGUGGAACAAUUUAUCAGAAACGGACAUAUACUCUAUGACUUAGGAUGUCAGGACAACACAAGAUGUCGAAUAGAUUCUGGAGGAGUUAUAGGAAAACGCCAACGAGAACAUUCAGAAGUUAGACGUGCGGCAGCCAUUGAUACUAACGGGCUUGAAGAUGACGGCAGAACAGUAACCUGUAAGUCGUGCUGCAACCAGAAAGUCUGUAACAACGGCGGUAGAUGUGGAACUUCAGAAUUUAAUUACUUAGGCAGACGGCUCUGCUUCAGUUGCCGACAACAGAGAGCUUCGGACAGUUGUGAUACUUUGACUCUUUGUCCACUCAAUGAGCUUUGCUUUAUUCAUCAAAUACAUGAAUAUGAUGGUAGCACUAUAUGGGCAUCUGGAUGCGAGCCUGUGUCGAAUUGUGACGUGCAUGGCACAACACUUUGCAGAAGCUGCUGUUCUGACCAUUUGUGUAAUGAUGAGUGCUCACUGAAUCGGACUUCAGGGAUACCAGCACAUGUUACUUCGAUUGAAGUAAAUUCGACCACCAUUCAAUAUGGGGACAAUGUGCAGAUUAUUUGUCAUGUAGAAAGUGUACCCAAGUAUACAAAUCUGGAAUGGCUGAUAAAGACAGCGACGCUUCCAUCAAACAUUCACGCUAACACAAGCAGUAAUUCAGUGACGUUGUAUAUCAAUAAUUUUCAGUCUGAGAACGAGGCUCCUUACCGCUGUGUUGUGGAGAAUGCGUUGGGUUCUGAUACUCGAGAUAUAAAUAUCCACAUUAACUGAUAAAUGUUUGAAAGCUUGUAUAAACUUGCCAAAAAUUAUAUAUUCAUGUGUCGUGUUGAAACUAACGCUAUGAUAAAACAAAUGAUCGUGUGCAAUAAUUACAAGAAGUUAAAACACGAUGUUGAUUUACUAUAAUCGAAUUCAUAUCAGUUCA